CUUCCCUACCAGGUGACUGUCGGUCUCUGGGCUGCUAGACUUCUUCCUGGACGCGGUAAAAUCCCCAUGUGUGAAAAUGAAGGCCCAGGUGACCAUCGUCUGCUCUUUACUGUUUUUUCUGACCACGGAAUGUUCUCUCUAUAAACCCAAGAUUCACAGAAAAGAUAAAGAUGACUUUCAAACACCUCUAUGGAAGCAUAAGUUUAGUCGGACACAAGAUAAAUGCAGUGGAAAUUGCAGCUCGACUUCCAACUGUAGCCAGAACUGUGAUCCCUAUUUCCGCGGAGAAAUAGUAUUCACAUGUAGUCAAGGCAAAUGGCAGAAAACAACGGAAACAUGCACAAGCCUCUCUGUGGACGCCCUGUUUCAGGGCGCAAAUCCUGCAGCUAGCCUUUCCAUGGCAUCGUCUUCCCUUUUCCCCAUGAACUUAGUAGACCACAAGGCACAGCACCAUAUUGGGGAUGUCUUUCAAGGAAUCCACAAGUACUGCCCCGAGGACUACAUCUGUAUAGUAGACCCUGUGAAGUCCUCCAAAGUUACGUCUGGAAAUAUCGCAUUCGUAGUAGAGUUAUUAAAAAACAUCUCCACAGGCUUGCAGACUUUGGACGGACAACACGGGAAUGUGACUCACGAGAAAAUGAAGAACUAUGGAAAAAUGGCCAACCAUAUCCUUAACAAGACUGCCAUUUCAAAUUGGGCUUUCAUUCCCAAUAAAAAUGCCAGCUCAGAUUUGUUGGAGUCAGUGAACUCCUUCGCCAAGAAACUCCAAAUCCACGGUGAAUCUGAGAGCAUUGUCAAUGAACUCUUCAUUCAGACGAAAGGUGCCCACAUCUAUCGCAACAACUCUGAGAACAGUUUCAACCUCUCCAUGCCGGUGUCCGAUGACACAGAAGAUGCCCUAGUACUGAUAGAAAUUCCCAGGCAAGCACUACGUGAGCUGCCGUCCAACGUCUCCCAAGCCAUCGGCAUAGCUUUUCCAACGUUGGGGGCCAUUCUGAAAGAAGCCCAUGGGCCAAAUGUCAAUCUCCCAAAGCCCGUAAAUGGUCUGAUCUUGUCACUGGUUUUGCCAGAAAAUCUGAAAGAAAUCAUACUCACCUUUGAUAAGAUCAAUAAAUCCCAGAGCGCCAGCAGCCGGUGUGUCGGCUGGCAUUCUGAGAAAAGGCAGUGGGACGAGAGCCCAUGUAAAACGGUGUCAGAUACCAGAGGCGCCGUGAACUGCCAUUGUAAAUGCAACAGAACAGUGAUGUCUUUCUCCAUUCUCAUGUCAUCCAAGCCUGUAAGGGACAAGGUUCUGAACUAUAUCACUUUCGUUGGGCUCAGCGUCUCCAUCUUUAGCUUGGCGCUCUGCCUGGUCAUCGAAGCUGUGGUUUGGUCCCGGGUGGUUGUGACUGAGAUAUCCUACAUGCGCCACGUGUGCAUCGUGAACAUUGCAGUGUCCCUCCUGACUGCGAACGUGUGGUUCAUCAUUGGCUCCAAUGCAUAUGUUCGGGCGGAUCGCAAGUGGUGUGUGGCUGUCACAUUUUUCAGUCACUUCUUCUUCCUCUCCCUGUUCUUCUGGAUGCUCUUCAAAGCGCUGCUCAUAGUCUACGGAAUCCUGGUUGUUUUCCGCCGGAUAAUGAAGUCUCGUAUGAUGGCCAUAGGCUUUCUCGUUGGCUAUGGGUGUCCUCUGGUGAUUGCUGUCAUUACGGUUACCGUCACUGAGCCUGAGGAAGGUUACAUCAGAGACGAUGCCUGUUGGCUUAAUUGGAACAAAACCAAAGCCCUUUUUGCGUUUGCCAUCCCAGCCUUGGCCAUUGUUGCUGUGAAUCUCCUUGUGGUUCUGGCAGUUGCUAUUAAUACUCAGAGGCCUUUGAUGGGCAGUUCAAAAUCUCAGGAUAUGGCCAUAGUUUUCAGGAUCAGCAAAAAUGUUGCCAUCCUCACCCCGCUGCUGGGACUGACCUGGGGUUUUGGUCUAGCAACCUUGCUAGAAGGCACACACCUGGUAUUUCACAUAAUCUUUGCGUUGCUCAAUGCUUUCCAGGGCUUUUUCAUCCUGGUGUUCGGCACGAUUAUGGAUUACAAGAUAAGGGAUGCUCUGAGGAUGAGGGGAAGUCGAGAGCAGCAGAGAAGGCAUCGUUAAGUCCAGUCAAUGGAUCCAAAGUACUGAGUCGCUGAGACUAAAAUAUGGCUUAUUUCUCGGAGAUGCCUUGCAUGCUGGGAUUCAAGAGAAGGAAGAACAAAAACCAUAGCUGGAAUAAAGCGACAUCCUCUUCCAGCCAGGAGCAUUACCUCAGUUGGAAACCAGCUGAGGCUCACAGUGAACUAGCAGGAUUUUCCAAAGACUGGCCUGUUGGCUCUGAUUUGACAAAGACUGGUAUUUGUUCACGUGGUCAAGAGUCACCCUCCAUCUGCAAAGCAUUGAGUGGUCUCCUUGGUGAGCCCACAGCGGCCUGCGGAUUGUCUGCUUUCAUCCCCCAAGCUUCUCUUGUUGCCCUGGACCCAGACAUCCUUGCACUGAGGGAAUCCUGGGGGUCUGGAGGAUUCAGGUCAGACCCAGUGUCGGUGGCAGGGUUAAAGGUCAAAUGUGAAGGAUAGCGUAUCUACUCUGCAGUUUGUUCAUGUUCAGUUUCCCCCAAAUAGGAAAAGAACAUUGGGUGGCUGUUCUGUGUGCUUAUUAUUUUAAUUCUUGAGUUAGACAACCUGGCUUGUAGG